GUUGCUAACAAAAAUAUUGACAGAAAUAAACUUCAGUUUAGCCUUCAUUGCGCUCAGUUAAUGUUAAUAACAUCUUAUAACUCAAUUGGUGUUUAGCAAUCACUUUUUAUUUGGAAAAAUUCGUUGAUUGUUAUUUGUUUUGAUAAACCAGCUGACAGUUUAGGUCUGCCCGUAUUUUUUGACAGGGCUGCAUCGUCGGCCUUACAUUUCGCAGAUUAUACAACAAAACGUUUAGUUUUGUAAAUAACUUACAGUAAUUUAACAAUUGUUUGUCAAUUAAAGUGACAAUUUUGGAGUAAAUAAAACACACAGCAAAUAUGAGCAACUUUACAGCGGUUUUCCAGUUGGUAAGGCAGCGUUUGAUGGCCCCAGCGAUAGGAAACUCCGCACGUUGUUAUGCCGUCAAACCGGCGGCGCCAGCGGGCAAGAAGAAAAAGCUGGGAAAGCUAGGACCCAUCAUGGAGAAAAAAAUCAUUCCCGUGGAGACGGAUGCCAACAAACUGGUGAACUACGUGUGCGGUAGCAACUACCUGAAAACGGGCGAGGAUGUCAAGAUCAAACCUGAUGCUGAGUACCCCGACUGGCUGUGGUCCCUGAACACGGAGCGCAUUAUCCCGCUGGACGAACUGGAUCCCAACACCAAGCAGUACUGGCGACGCCUAAGGAAACUGGCCCUGCGGCGCAACAACCAGCUGGCCAAGCUCAAGAAGUUCUAGACCCCGUAGCCCUAGGUGUUAUCGUUGAUUUUGGAGACCCGACCCUCAAGGCGACCCAUGUUGUUUGCCAUGCUCUUCUGAGCAACAAGUGUGCAAACACUAUGUUUUCCCUUAUAAAAAAACCAACCGCAAAUACAUUUCACACCUUCAUACCCUCCUUAUCAAUAA